AAGGAAGUCAAAUUGGUUACAAACACGCUGGGGGCUAGAUACAUUUGUUAAUUCGUUCAGAUAGAGUAAUUGUUUCUGUUGAACACAGAUAUCGAUUUUUUUUUAAUACGAGUUUAUAUUUAUUUAUUUUAUUUAUUGUACACAAAUACUAGGAAUCAACUUUUCAUACCUGGUGUGUCAGAUUUAAUGCACCAGACAGAAGACAUGGCGCAAUAAUUGGUAACUCACGCCUGUAUCUUAGCAUUGGGACUGCACUUCUUUUACCCAUCUUUCUAAUUCUGGAAACGUGCAACUAAGAAGACACAAUGGCUGAAGAAGACCCUUAUCUCCAAGGAGGUAUUUUUGACAUGGAGACAUUUACUCCCUUAAUGGGAAUGGAGACUUUUAAUUUCACCGCUAUGCCACCUACUAACUCACUAAGAGUAGCAGAUGGGCCGUACCUUCAAAUAAUAGAACAACCAAAACAGAGGGGGUUUCGUUUUCGCUAUGGGUGUGAAGGGCCAUCCCAUGGAGGGCUACCCGGUGCUUCGAGUGAGAAGAACAGGAAAUCCUAUCCGCAAGUCAAGAUCUGCAACUACCAGGGACCAGCGAGAGUGGUUGUUCAGCUUGUGACUUUUUCAAAGAACGUCAAUCUUCAUGCUCAUAGCCUGGUGGGGAAGCAGUGCGACAAAGGAAUAUGUGUCGCUGACCAGCAGCCCAAAGACACAAGCAUCAGUUUUCCAAACCUCGGCAUUCUCCAUGUCACUAAAAAAAAUGUUAACAAAACCUUGGAGGAGAGGAUGACUGAGGCUUACAGGAUGGGCUACAACUAUGGGAUCAGCAUCCAUCCAGAAAUUGACUGCCUGCAGUCUGAGGGCAGGAUACCGAGAGAGCUCACAGAGCACCAAAAAAGUCUCAUUACUAAUGCAGCCACCAGCCAGGCCAAGGAAAUGGACCUGAGUGUCGUGCGGCUCAUGUUCACUGCCUUUCUGCCAGAUAGUGAUGGGGGGUUCACACGUAGACUUGAACCCGUCAUUUCAGAUCCCAUUUAUGACAGCAAAGCCCCUAAUGCCUCCAAUUUGAAGAUAGUGAGGAUGGACCGUACAGCAGGCUGUGUUACUGGGGGAGAAGAGGUCUAUCUCCUGUGUGACAAGGUUCAGAAAGAUGACAUACAGGUUCGCUUCUAUGAGGACGAUGAGACGGGUUUGGCCUGGGAGGCUUAUGGAGAUUUCUCUCCCACAGAUGUGCACAGGCAGUUUGCUAUAGUCUUUAAGACACCAAAGUACCGGGACCUCAACUUGCAGAAACCUACUUCUGUAUUUGUGCAGCUCAAGAGAAAGUCUGACAAUGAGACAAGUGAACCUAAACCCUUCACAUACCAUCCACAGGUUAUAGACAAGGAAGAGGUACAGCGUAAGAGGCAGAAGACCCUACCAAACUUCCAGGACUUUGGUCCCCCUGGGGCAGGUGGUGGGAUGUACAGAGGAGGGGGUCCCGGAACCGGUGGGGGCCCAAGCACUGGAGGAGGCCAAUGCAAUUUCCAGGGAUACCAAGGCUAUAACAAUUUUGGAGGUGGUUAUCCAUUCUCCCAUGGUCCAGGAGGUCCUGGUGCAGGAAUGAAGCAUGCUUCUAAAGGCCCGACUGAUGAUGCAGAAGAUGACAGCGACAGUGAUACAGACGAAGACCCAGCGACUGCAGGAAUUGUACAGAUUUGUGGUCAACAAGCAUCGGAGGAGAUCAAGCUACCCCCGAAGGUAGAGCAAUCCAGCUCUACAGAAGACUCAAGCCCUACUGAAGACCCAGCAUCAGCAGAAGAAGAGGAAAUUACCGCAGACCUGCUCUUCGGAGAAAAGGCCAUGCAGCUGGCCCAGCGUCACGCCGAGGCGCUUUUUAACUACGCCGUCACGGGGGACGUGAAGAUGCUGCUGGCCGUCUUGCGCCCCCUUCUGGCUGUCCAGGAUGAGAACGGGGACACGGGCUUGCACCUCGGGGUAAUCCACAGCAGGACCGAUGCUGUGAAGAGUUUGGCUGAAGUCAUUUCUGCCCUCCCAGGAGAUGAUGUUCUGAGCAUGAGAAACGAUCUCUACCAGACACCCUUGCACUUGGCGGUUAUCACCAAGCAGGCAGAGGCAGUGGAAGCUCUGCUCAAAGCCGGUGCGAAUAUGAGCCUCACAGAUCGUCACGGUAACACUGCUCUUCACCUCGCUGCCAAAGAAGGAGAAGGGAAGAUUUUGAACCUGCUGCUGGAACAUAAGGAUGCAGCUGAACUCAUUGACCUCCCCAAUGCUGCAGGAUUUCAUGCUAUCCACUUGGCAGUCCUGGCCAACAGCAUAUUGUGCCUCCGGCAGCUGAUUGAAUUUGGAGCAAAUGUUGACGCCUGUGAGCAGAGCUCUGGGAGGACUGCCCUGCACCUUGCUGUGGAACUGGAGAAUGUCUCCUUAGCUGGCUGCCUGCUUCUCGAGGGAAAUGCACAUGUGGACGCCUGCACAUACAAUGGGUCUACAGCACUCCAUAUCGCCGCAGGAAAAGGCUCUAUGAAACUGACUGCUCUUCUAAUGGCAGCUGGGGCUGACCCCCACAAGGAGAACUCUGAGCCCCUUUAUGACGUAGAUGAUGAAUGUCACCUAGAGGAAGAGGAGGAAGACGAAGGGUUUGUGCCAGGGACAACCCCCUUAGACAUGGCCAUGUCUUCUGAGAUCUAUGAUCUUCUGAAUGGUAAACAGUAUCAGCCAGAUUCAAAAACUGUCGUUUCACUCCCUCAAGGGGACAUGAAACAUCUCGAUGAACAAACCAAACUAGAACUUUGCAAAGUCCUGGAGCAGCCUGCAAAUAACUGGGAGGCCCUGGCUCAAAACCUAGGAUUAGGAAUCCUGUCCAGUGCCUUCAGGCUGAGCCCUUCCCCAGCCAAAACACUACUGGACAGCUACAAGGUGUCUGGUGGCACCAUGAAGGAGCUCCUGGAAGGCCUGAAGGCCAUGGGCAACGAUAAAGCAGUAGACAUUGUUCAGAAAGCCAUGUCUAGUGAGAGGGAAGACACAUCUGGACCAGUCUCUACUCAGGUCACUCACCAACAGACGGGUGCCCUCCUCUCCCAGCAUCUGCAGGGCCUGGAGAACUACAGCCAAGACGAAAGCAGUGUGUGUGACAGUGGAGUGGAAACAUCUUUUAGAAAGCUGAGCCUGUUGUCCUCUGAGUCUUUGAGCAGCUCCCAAGAGCAGGCAGAACAAGCAGGAGACCACAAGCUCCCCACUGCCUCGCCUCACAGUUAUGUUGUCAAGGGAGAGGUAUAACAGCCACUCACUGCGGGAACUUUAAUUUGAUUCACGUUUUUGGAUAUCAGCAUAACAGGGCUUUGCUUAGUUUUGAACAGUAUGGAAUGAAGUAAAUAUUUAUUUAUCCUCAACCAAGAAAAAGCCUGUCAUGGUGUCAGUGCUUUAAUUGUAGACUGUACAGUAUUCAUGAAACAACAACAGAAACCUCCUUGCGUUUCAUACAAAAGGAUGUGCACGUAAUUAAGCUCCUGUCAGUGGGCUUAAAACUACCCAUGGCUCUUCCUGGUUGGGUUUUUCAUUAUCAAGAAAGAGAGGAAGUGGUAAGAUGGGGUGUGUCAAAUCUAAAAAAAACUAAAGAUAUCAAUUUUAAAUACAAACCUGCACUCAAACAUCAUUGAAAAAGGUGAAGCUCAGUGGUUACUUCAGAUGAACUGCUGACUGACUGCACCAAAUGGCACCAAAUAAUCACAGUUAAACCGAUAAAUUGUUUUAAAUUGAAAUAUCCAAAAUGCAGUUGAACCUAGAGAGCAAAUCUUGAAAAACACCUGUUUUUCUAGCUUUACAUGUGUAUGUUAUGGUUUCUCAUCUAGUUGGUGAAGGAUAUGGGAUAUACUGAACUCAUUCAUCAGUCUUUCAGAGUUCAGUAUUAUUGGUUUUCAUGAUUCUCUGGCGGUGGGGUAAUGUCCAUAAAAGCACGGUUAAACUUUAAGAUAAUUGACAGAAAUUCUUUUUGACAAAAUGUUGCAGAAUCAAAGAAAGAACAUGGCUUAAAAGCAAGUCCAAGCUUUAACCAUUAUGUUUGUGAGUGUAAUGAGUAGGUGUUUCAGUAGUAGGUUGAGGAUAUUGCCUUUUUUCUUUGACGCUUGUGGCUUUACUCUGUUGAUGUUGGCAUUUAGAAUGCACAACUGUUCCAGGGGAUUUUAGACGGAGGAGUGGAAAAGCAGUGAAUGCUGCUCUAGUCAGUUAUUUUUUAGGUAGAGUUUUCUUAUGUUUAAGGAAAAAAAAGCAUCAAAUCAUCAAAUGAAGAGAGCCUCAAAUAAAUUUUACAUUCUGAAAUACUUUUGGGUUACAAAACUACAGAUUGAAUAGAUGAUCAGAAACAACAUUAAGCAUGACUGCAGAUCCAUAAUAUCCAAAAUUUAAAAUGUAUCUUGACUUGAAACAAUACUCAGAUGUGAGCUAAAAGCUAUAUUAACUAUUCAUGCUAUUUCAUGUAUAUAGGAAAAACUAAUAAAACAAAUGUUUUACUUAAAACAUUGAAUUGUAUAAUCAGAGAUGUCUUUAUAAGUCAUCCAGAAUGUUGUGAGUUUUUAAAACAUCCGUUCUCUAACAAUUAGCAAUAGAGUAGUUUUUCAUUUUGUUUAGAUAGUCGAUUUUGAGUGGUACUUGUUUAAAAUGUGCUUUUAGUUGUAUUCAAACAACUGAUGCACCAUUCUUUCUAAAUGCUACUGUAUGUUGAUACUUCAUAUUAGGUAUGAACUGAAGAGUUUGUAUAUUUGAUUGUUUUUUGUUUAUUGUUUUUGCACGAACUGCAAGCGAUUAGGCAAACCAAAAAACAUGAUUUGACAUUAGGAAGUGAUUUGCUUUAAAGCUUCUUUUCAGGAGCUCAAAACUAGCAAUGCAGAAGGCUACAUUCAAAAUGUUUAAUUUUUGUAUAUUCGUAUAUUGAAUACGAAGAUUGCAAACAUUUUGAAACUGUCCUUUCAAUUAAAUGUUCUGUAAGAUGGUAUGUGAUGUGAGUAUUUAAAAACAAUUAUUGUCCACUUACUUGAGUCCAAAAAACAUGUGAAAUGUUUGUGCUUCCUUUAGAUGAUUGGAUCUAUCCCCCUUAUGUGGGUUGGAGUGUGUGAACCUUUAUGUAUUUUAGUGUGUGAAAAAGAAUGAUGUUUUCAAAUAGGAUUAUGAAUCUGGCAAUGAAAUAGUCAACUAUCUGCGACUCUAGGAAAAGAAUAUAUACCAGUUUUAAAUCGGACCUAAAAAUAAAAGGAAUACAUAGAGGCUAGCUCCACAGCAAAAUUAAAUGUUUACUUUUUUUUACUUUUCAGGUAUAGAGUCUUUACUUUGCAGCCUGUAGACUGAUACAACUGCCUGCUUUAACCUCUCAAAAAAAGUAUAGGCAGUCAUUUUAACCAAAGCCAUGUGGGAGGUAACUUGUGAACCUAAACACAGUAAAAUAAUGGAACAACAUUAAAAUAAUACGUGUAUAACCAUGUGGGUAGAUUCUGCAAUGUAAAUAAGGCUGAUAAAAUAAGCUGUACUUUAGUCUUUUUUAAAAAACAUUGUGUAAUUGGAAUACUUUUAUAAUAAAAUUUGGAAAGAAAA